UGUUUAUCUUAGUUCUUAGUAACAAUUAGCUGGUUGCUAUGGCCUCUGUAGGUGAAAUUAGUGAUCAUAGUGAUCUAGAUGAAGUUUGUGAUGAUCAUUAUGAUGGCUCUGGUGGCUAUGAUUACAGUAGUGGUGAUGGCUCUCCAGACAAUGUUGGUGACAAUCACGAAGAUGAUGGCUCUCCAGACAAUGAUAGUGACAAUGAUGAUGAUAACCUUCAUGGCUCUGGUAGCUAUGAUUACAGUAGUGGUGAUGGCUCUCCAGACAAUAAUGGUGACAAUCACGAAGAUGAUGGCUCUCCAGACAAUGAUGAUGAUGACUUUCAUACUGAACCUAACAACAGACGUUCUAAGUAUGCACCCGAGAUUUCGCCUGCUGCUAUUCGAGCAAUAAUUCUGAAGGAAUUGGUCAUACAAAGAGUAAACACAGUUGACAUUCCAGAGGACGAAGGAGACUUCACAUCUCCCGAAAAUCACAAAAACAGCUUGAGAUAUUAUGAAUUCAAAGGAUUUGCUUGGUUUACAUGUAGAGAGCAACACGAACCUGAUUCACCAGACAUCAAAAUUAGGCGCUGGGCUUCAGCUCGCUCUUGGUGCUUCAUCGAUCUCAAAAAACAAGAGAUUUGCUAUCGAGAUACGCAAGAGUGUAAGGUUGACAACAUUGUAGCUCAACCUGGACCAGAGUUUACUGAAGAAGUAAUCCAAAAGAUGGCCAAAUGGGUGGUCAAGGGGUUUCUGCUUAAGACUGGGAGGAUACAGCACGUUCCGCGAGAUAGCACAGACACAGAUAAAACUGAAGGUGGACCACAUGAUGAAGGGAGGUGUGGAAAGUGUAAGCGAUUGGGAAGGAGUUGCUGUAAGUAGUAACAAUGGAGUCUUGACAAACUUGUCGGUUGCACAUUAGGUGGAUUAAUUAUCUUUCUUUUCCUUAAUUAUAAUAUAGUUUUGUAGUGCACAUGCUAGCCUCGGUCCCAGGCCGAUUUUUUUUAAUAGAACGAAGUUGAAAAAAGUUGUUCAAAUUAACGUAUACAUUGUCUGCUUCACAAAAAGGCCCCACUCUCAUUGCAGAACAGGCCCAGCUCUUGUCAGAAGGAAGAAACGUCUUUGCCAUGGUUUUCAACAUGGUAUGGCAAGUCUCUUGCUUUCACUCACUGCCCUUUGUGAUGAACUACAAACUAGUAGGUACGACCAACACUGCCGGCCCUUGUCGACAGGUGUGUUGUUCUUGCAAAUCUCUCUGCUUAUUGUUUUUUGGUUCCUAACCACGCCCAGAUACAAUGAACACCAGCUAGAAACAACUUGGCCUGGAAUGCACAUGCUUAUUUGUUGACAUACAGGCUAGAGGUACCAAAGGAAGAAUUAGAUGAUCGCCGAACAGAGAUUUUAAUUGACCCUGACCCUAAUUGAAAUGGAAUGAAGCAGAGUGCAGUGGUCGUCGUUAGAAUUGUACACCGCAGACGACAAGUGCAAAGUAGUCUCAUGAAUCAGCUGCCCUUAUUUUGGGAAUGCUUAAACUCUGGUCUCAACAGCAAUGUUACUUACACACUGCAAAGCAAUGAUUCUGUGCUGUUUGAUGGUGAAGUAUUGACAAUUGUCAAGAUCGACUCUGAUGGCCAGUCUGUAAUGAUUUUUUUUAUAGGAGAUUCUGUCAACUGCCCAACAACUUGUUGUUUUGAAUGAUACAGAGUACGUUAAAGUGAGCAAUAAUACUGUUCAAUCUGUAUAUGAGGUUAUCAAAUUUGAUGCUGUUGGUUCACAAUUGUCUGCCCACCCAAACAAAAAUCAACGAAACAAGAACUGUAAUCUUUUACUUUAUUAUUUAGAGUUGACUUACAUCGGAUGUACACUGCCUAGUCUAAUGUUCAUGAAUCUCUCUGCUGCCAUUUUAGCGAAUAAUCUCUUCAUUCUGAUUGGAGGACCUGUCACUCAGGCAUUCCCGAGCGUACAAUUGUGUGCAACUGUGGCUAUUAAUUUUGUUUGCACUUCUUUUUCUUGGCUCAAUUCAUGUGGAUGUCCAUUAUGUCAUUCCAAAUGGCCAAAGGAUUUCAUCAAGCAUGGAAAUUAAAGAUGGUUGAACAGAAAAGUUCCACAAUGGUUGUGUACUUUUUAAUUGGAUGGGGAACACCUUUUUUGAUAGUAGCCAUCUCAAUAAUUGUGAAUUUCUCCAUAGAUAGUAGCCAUCUCAAAAUCUGGUAUUGUAUGGUGUUCUGGAUGAUGGAAAAUUAGGAAGUUGCUGGAUCAACCAUCUCGAAUCGGCCAUCAUUUCGUUUAUUGUCCCCCUAAUCGUUUCUAUGGUCAUCAACUUCACCCUUUUUGUGAUUGUGACUGUCUUUCUCUGUCAUUCGGCUAGGUUUAGUACAAGAAUCGCCAACGAGAAAAGUCUUCCAUAUUUCCGUGUGAAUGUUGCUGUGUUCUCAGUGACUGGACUUACCUGGGUAUUCGGUUUCGUAGCUCUGUUUGCUGGAACUAAUUGGGCAUGGUAUCCGUUCAUCAUCUUCAACAGUACUCAAGGUUUUAUGAUCUUCAUUACUUUCAUCCUAACUAAGCGAGUCUUAAAGCUCUACUGGAAAUUCCUGCUGUGCCGAAACGACACUGUGUCUAAGUCAACAAAACGAACGAAUGUACACUCUCCAGCAGGAAAUGAAGUUGUUAUGGUGAAUAUGAACACAAAUGACAUUAAUGGUCAAGCUGUAAUCAGCUAUACUACUACAAAGAGUUUUUAAUCUAGUUGCUGUAAAAACUUAACACUUGUUAUUAGUUAGUUACUAUGGUGUUUGUAUGAUUAGCUGUUUCCUUUAUGUGUGCUUUUGUAAGUUUUGUUCUAUUGUUCUAUUGUAUUAAAGGAGGCCCUGCGUGUCUCUUUAAUUUAAAGCUUGUCUAUUUAUAGCUGUGUGUCAGUUCGUCCAUGUGCUUUGUCUUUUGUCUAGCUGUCCAACUGCCGUGCUGAUUACUCUAGCCAACAGUUUGCUCAUUACUUGUACUUGUAGCUCUACAUGUAUUGCAUGUUGACACAUUUUAUUGUGCUGCUAAAAGGUGGGAGGGGCUCACAGUUGCAGCAUUUUUAAUAGGUGUUGCUACUCAAUUUACACUUUACUUUCACGAGAUACUGCUGAGAUCUAGCUAUAUAGAUCAGUAGGUAUGGAUUGUGACACGGCAGCAACCAUCAUACAGGCCCAUGUCAGACGAUACCUAGCUAAGAGGAUCUAUUUUCAGAAACUGCUGGAGAAAUUCCAGAAAGAUGAAACUGUCAGACAUGAAAAGGAGCAACAGCAAGUGUCUGAAGGAGAAACACUGGUGAUAAGGCUUCAAAUGGAGAUUGCUGAAUUGGAAACUAUUGCUUUAAACAAACGGAGACGAGAGAAUGCAAUGGCUACUAGAAUACAGAGAGCCUGGAGAGAAUACAGCAGUACCAACCUCAAUUCUGUAUCAUCUACUCAACACACCACGGAUUUGUUGCAAUACUCUACUCAUUCUAGUUCCUUGGCUAUGGCAAUGAAUGGUAGUCAUGUUCCUACAUCAACAAGGAAUGUUGUACAGGACAAUGGAACUCAUGCCAGUCAAGUGGGCCAGUCAGGUGAGUAUCAUAGCUCAGGAAUGGCUAAUAGAGUGAUGCCCAGGAGGCGUGCUUGGGUACCCAGAUCAAACAGUUAUCAACUGACGUCUAGACUACCACUCACAAAGAAUUACAUGUCAUCUCAGAGCAAGUACAGACUUUGUUUUACGUCAGAUCUCUCUGAAAGCUCCGGUGAAGAGCAAGAGCUCAGCACCACCUCUCACUCUAGUGAAGAAGUAAACGGCCAUAGAAGCAGGAGUGAAGAAGAUUGGCCGGGAAUGGAUACUCAAAAUGAUGACUUAGUUAUGUCUAUGGAAAGGCGUUUGAAAGAAUUGGUCUCCACGACGGAUGAUUUAAUUUUCUCUGAUGAAUUUGAUUAUGGAAGUUUUCAAAGUAAUUCAGAAAGAGAUAGCUUAUUGGACAGUGCAACGUUAGAAAUAGAAGAUGUAUCAUCAAGACGCUCAAUUUGCUCAUCUCCACUGAGUCAUGGAUCAGUUGCUAAUGAUACCAGCUACCAACAACACACACCACAUUACCACCAUGACCACAGCAAUAGUCCACUGCACGCAAUGACUGUCCAGGAGCUCAAAGUCUUCUUAAAGCAAAUAAAAUUGAAAAUGAAAGCAAUUUCCAAAGAGCUUACAGCCUAUUUGAUCAUGAAAGAUGAACUGGUUGUUGAAAACAAGUUACUGAACCAAAACAUUGCCCACUUGGCAAGGAACACACAGAGAUUAUACCACAGGAGUGUACCUACUUGUUCAUAGCCAACAAUCAUGUGAUUCAUAUAAUUUUUAUUGUGUUAAAUAUUCAUUUUUUGUAACUGCCUAUGACAUGAAUUUGAACUUAAUUAUUCCACGUG